AAAGAAAAUGAUGCUCGCCACCAAUGAGGAGGCUCACAAGAUGGAGGGCGAGGCCUGGGAGCUGUAGAGCUUCUACCGAGUAGCUGGUUGCAGAGGCGGCCGAGAGCCAUGGCAGCAGUGGUGGCAGCGGCGGCAGCGCGGACCCGGAUCCUCCAGUUUUCUUCCAAAGUGAAAUCCACCUGGUAUUCAGCAUCUUCCUUCUCUUCUUCAGUGCCGACUGUAAAACUCUUCAUUGAUGGAAAAUUUGUUGAAUCCAAAAGCAACAAAUGGAUUGAUAUCCACAACCCAGCCACAAAUGAGGUAAUUGGCCGCGUCCCCCAGGCCACUAAGGCUGAAAUGGAUGCAGCCGUUGCUUCCUGCAAACGUGCUUUUCCUACAUGGGCAGAUACUUCAGUGUUAAGCCGUCAGCAGGUCAUGCUCCGCUAUCAACAACUUAUUAAAGAAAACUUGAAAGAAAUUGCCAAAUUAAUCACGUUGGAACAAGGAAAGACCUUAGCUGAUGCUGAAGGAGAUGUAUUUCGGGGCCUGCAGGUGGUGGAGCAUGCCUGUAGUGUGACGUCUCUCAUGCUGGGAGAGACCAUGCCAUCCAUCACCAAAGACAUGGACCUUUAUUCUUACCGUCUGCCUCUGGGAGUGUGUGCAGGCAUUGCUCCAUUCAAUUUUCCUGCCAUGAUCCCCCUUUGGAUGUUUCCCAUAGCCAUGGUGUGUGGAAAUACCUUCCUAAUGAAACCAUCAGAACGAGUACCUGGAGCAACCAUGCUUCUUGCUAAGUUGCUCCAGGAUGCUGGUGUCCCUGAUGGAACAUUGAACAUCAUUCAUGGACAACAUGAAGCUGUAAAUUUUAUUUGUGAUCAUCCGACCAUCAAAGCAAUCAGCUUUGUGGGAUCCAACCAGGCAGGAGAAUACAUCUUUGAGAGAGGAUCAAAACAUGGCAAGAGGGUUCAAGCCAACAUGGGAGCCAAGAACCAUGGGGUAAUCAUGCCAGAUGCCAAUAAGGAAAAUACCCUGAACCAGCUGGUUGGGGCAGCAUUUGGAGCUGCCGGUCAGCGCUGCAUGGCUCUUUCGACAGCAAUCUUUGUAGGAGAAGCUAAAAAGUGGCUGCCAGAACUGGUGGAACGUGCUAAAAACCUGAGAGUCAAUGCAGGAGACCAGCCUGGAGCUGAUCUUGGCCCUCUGAUCACUCCGCAGGCCAAAGAGCGAGUCUGUAAUCUGAUUGAUAGUGGAACAAAGGAGGGUGCUUCCCUCCUCCUUGAUGGACGAAAAAUUAAAGUCAAAGGCUAUGAAAAUGGCAACUUCGUUGGACCCACGAUCAUCUCAAAUGUUAAGCCAAAUAUGACCUGUUACAAAGAGGAGAUUUUUGGUCCAGUUCUUGUGGUUCUGGAGACAGAAACAUUGGAUGAAGCCAUCAAAAUUGUAAAUGAUAACCCAUAUGGAAAUGGAACAGCCAUCUUCACCACCAAUGGAGCCACUGCUCGGAAAUAUUCCCACCUGGUGGACAUCGGACAGGUGGGAGUGAAUGUCCCCAUUCCAGUGCCUUUGCCAAUGUUCUCAUUCACUGGCUCUCGAUCUUCCUUCAGGGGGGACACCAAUUUCUAUGGCAAACAGGGCAUCCAAUUCUACACUCAGAUAAAGACCAUCACUUCUCAGUGGAAAGAAGACGAUGCUACUCUUUCCUCACCUGCUGUAGUCAUGCCUACCAUGGGCCGUUAGAAACAAGUUUGGUGAAUACUCAGUCUAUACUGAAUAUCCUCCCUUUAUUUUUGACCAGCUUCAUGUGCCAACUUUGCUCAGAUCUGAUCCCUGGGAUUGGAAUACGUUGUAACUAUAAUCUUUCUCAGGAUUAUCAGUCCCUGCAAAAUUGCUAUAGGAGACUCUUAGUGUGACACUGAAACCAGAUUUUUCACUUGCUCUUCAUACUUCUAUUUUUGAGGUAAUUGUUAUUAUGGCUGUGAAAUGCUUAUCUGGAAAUAAGAGCUUAAACAUGUUUUCUAAAAAUUCUUCCCUUUUCUGAUAACUUGGAGGAGGGGAAGGUCAGUAUAUAUAAAGAAGAUCUUCCUUUUUUUAUUUUGGCUCAGUGCUUGUAGCUCAGCGGCUAGGGCGCCAGCCACAUACACCAGGACUGGCGGGUUUGAACCCAGCCCGGGCCUGCUAAACAACAAUGGCAACUACAACAACAACAAAAAAAGAUCUUCCAAUAAUUGGAAGAUGAACUCUUGGAUGGUGAAGCAAGAUAGAAAUAAUUCACCCUCCUCUGGUUGAUCCUUAGACAUAGGACUACAUAAAUCCUACAGGGGAGACCCCUCUGCAAAGUUUUCCUGAGCCUCUCUUUUAUCCCACAUUACACAUUUCUAUUUAUCCCAACUUGUGACAACUGCCUCUUUCUUUUCUGCUCAAAGCCACUUUAUUGUCCUAGUAAUUCAUGACCACUAUUCUAUCAUUGUCACUGUUCCUACUUCUGAAGAUCACUCUUCAAGGAUACCUCAGUGAGCAAUGAAUAAAUCAACUCUUUGUUAUGUUUGCCAAGUGAUAAGUUGUAGGGUUUGUUUCAGCAAUCUUUAAUUAAUAUUUUAGCCUUUAAUUCAGAUGCAAAUAGUUUCUUAGAAAAUUAUUCAAAAAGGUUUUUAGGCCCAGAAGUCAAGAAGUGUUCCAAUCAUGAAAGUGGGUGAGAACUCUUGCCUUAACAUAAGUCUAAUCUGAUGGUAUUUUGCUCUUCCUUGCAUUUCUCAUUAUACUUUUUUUUUUUUUUUUUGUGGUUUUUGGCCGGGGCUGGGUUUGAACCCGCCACCUCUGGCAUAUGGGACCGGCGCCCUACUCCUUGAGCCACAGGCGCCGCCCUCUCAUUAUACUUUUUAAUGUGAGAAAACUGAUUGUGGCCUAAGAAAUUUCAGAGCUUUUCAUGACAUACUCAAAAAAGCAAUGUCUUGACAGAGUCCUUCUAUCAUUAGUUCAAAUGCCUUUAUUUGCUUUUUGUUUCUUUUUUUUUUUUUCUUUUUUUUAAGAUUUAGGGGGUAUGGUGUUUUUGUUACAAUGAUGAAUUAUAUAAUACUGAAGUUGGGGCUUUCAGUAUACCCAUCACCAGAAUAGUCUACAUUGUACUCAGUAAGUACAUUUUUAUUCUUUACCCUCCUCAUAUUUUUUAUUUACUUUGAUAUCUCUAAACUUUAAAUCAGAAUAGAAAUUGAUGUGCUCAAUGAAAUGGAUUAUAUCUUUUUGUUCUGCCAUCCCAAAUGAAUACUGUUUAUUUUCCUGCUUCCUUAGCCGUCACUUCAGUAGUGUUAACCUAUUCUAUGGGGGUUAUUCCAUGAAUUAAGGAUGGUGAAAAAUUUGGAAAAUGUUGUGCACUCUGUAGACUUGAGGCUUAUUUCUACUACCUGGCUGGAUGAAAUGUCAGAAUCUUCAAUCAUUUAUGAUAAUUGGAACUUUAAUAAAAUAUACCUACAACCCCACUGGGUCUUUUUUUUUCCACUUUCCUAAAAGUGAGGCAAUAGAAAUUUAUAAUUAGAAAUAUAGUGCUCUUGUUUGUUCUUUU